UAGCGUUAGCCAUUUUGGGAGGUGCCCAGAGGCGAAGAGCGAGGGUUUGGCAGGCAGAAACCUGGGAAGGCGUGGCUCUAUUCCUUCCCCGCCCCUCCUGCAAAGCGGUUGGUUGCGGAAGGGACUACAAACCGGUGUGUCAUGCGAGUGGGCGGGGCUGUGCGCGGUGCAUCGUGGAGGCUUCAGGGACGCCUGAGCCGGAGAUGGUGGCGCUGAACUACAACGCGGGGCGUCUCGGGAGUCCUGCUGGAGGCCUUGUGGGAGGGGACAAGAUUCGCCCACCCAUGUCCGGCUGCAAGCUGCCGGUGGGCACGUGCCCGGACAUGUGCCCGGCCGCCGAGCGCGCUCAGCGCGAGAAGGAGCGCCGCCUGCACCGCUUCGAGGUGGCGCCGGGGUGCCGCGGCGACCGGCCCCGCGCGGACCCGCAGCGCGCGGUGAAGGAGUACAGGCGGCCGGCCGCCGGCAAGGCCCGGCCCCCGCCGAGCCAGCUGCGUCCGCCGUCCGUGCUGCUGGCCACCGUGCGCUACCUGGCCGGCGAGGUGGCCGAGCGCGCCGACGCAUCCAGCGCCGAGGUGGCCAGCUUCGUGGCGGACCGGCUGCGCGCCGUGCGGCUGGACCUGGCCCUGCAGGGCGCGGGCGACGCCGAGGCGGCGGGGGUGCUGGAGGCGGCGCUGGCAGUGCUGCUGGCCGUGGUGGCGCGGCUGGGGCCCGACGCCGUGCGCGGGCCAGCGGACCCGGUGCUGCUGCAGGCCCAGGUGCAGGAGGGCUUCGGUUCUCUGCGGCGCUGCUACGCUCAGGGCGCGGGGCCGCAUCCCCGCGAGGCCGUCUUCCAGGGCCUCUUUCUGCUCUACAACCUGGGCUCCGUGGAGGCCCUUCAUGAGGUUCUGCAGCUACCUGCCGCCCUGCGUUCCUGCCCCGCCCUGCGCAGGGCCCUGGCUGUGGACUCGGCCUUUCGAGAAGGCAACACCGCCCGCCUAUUUCGCCUGCUCCGGAUCCUGCCCUAUCUGCAAAGCUGCGCAGUGCAGUGCCACAUAGGCCGUGCCCGCCGGGGAGCCCUGGCCCGCCUCGCUCGUGCCCUGAGCACCCCCAAAGGCCAGACCUUGCCCCUGGGCUUCAUGGUCCACCUGCUGGCCCUGGAUGGGCCGGAAGAGGCACGGGAUCUGUGCCAGGCCCACGGACUGCCCUUGGACGGACAGGAGAGAGUUGUGUUUCUCAGGGGUCGCUACACAGAGAAAGGGCUGCCACCUGCGGGGACCUGCAGUGUGUUGGUGGCGAGCAAACUGGGAGGGCGCACCCUGGAGGAGGUGGUCAUGGCGGAGGAGGAAGAUGAGGGUGUGGCUAGACGGAAGUCCCCUGCGUGAGGAGCUGUGCGCUCUCCCAGAGCCCAGGAAUGGAUCCAAGCACUCAGGUUUCUUUUCUCAUCAUUCCUACACAAUAAAAGGAAUUUGUUUUGUAGGGACAAGAA